CCAAACGGGGACCACCUCACUCAGUCAACGGGUAACUAGCAGCGCCGCACCAGCAUGGACUGCAGCAUAUGUUUCGAGGAGUACAACCACGGGGAGCGCAGCCCUAAGAUGGUGCCGUGCGGACACACCGUGUGCCUGCAGUGCCUGUUGCGGAGCGACAAAAAAGAAUGCCCCAUGUGCCGCACGGUCUUCACUGCGCUGCCCGCAUCUCUCCCAAAAAACUUUGACCUGCUGCGACUAAUUGGUGAACAAGGCACCGCAAGAGGCCUCCGCGGCUGGUGCUCGGACUGCCGCCAAGCCGCGUCGCACCGGUGCUGGAACGACGAGCACGAUGUCCUGCCCGUCAAGAGAGCCCUGACGCGUCAGCUGCAGGGAGUGCUGCCGCAGGCGGCUGGGCAGAUUGAAGGCCUGCAGGACCAAUGCCAGUGGGAGCAAGCCCUGCAGGCUCUCACCCUGAUGGCGACCGAGUCGUGGAAUCUAACCCUGCAGGGUGGGGACAAAGUGUUGACGGGGACCCUGACUCUGAUGAACAAGGAUGAUCCCCUCAUGAAGGCCCUGUGGGUAGCGUUGGCGGUCAGGGCAUCGCUCACUGAGGUGCAACCCACGGCACCUCCAGCUGAGAGUGCUUCUUUGGCAACCCGGAAGCCGCCUGCAGCUGCGCGUCCACCACCGAAAGCCGAAGAGCGACCCUCUGCACAAAGGGUCGCACCAGGGGGUCCUGCACCUCCGCCUUCAGCUCGGAUCACACCAACUGCAUCACGAGAAUGUCCAGCAACCGGUUGGCGUAAGGAGGAGCGGAACCUUCUGCGUGUGCUGGAUGUGAGGGACGUCAGCCAAAGUGGGCCCAACGACAUGAAGCAGGAGAAGGCGGCCGCACUGCUAAGCGCAACAGGGGUGGAACGUCUCGUCGACGUGUGCUGCCACAUGGACCCCGAGUGGAGCCUGGCUCUGCUGUGCUGCGCCGCGCCCACGGUGGUGGAGCUGAAGGUGUCCCGACCCCAGAGGAUCCACCUGGAGGCGGUGCACGCCAUGCCGCGGCUGCGGGGGCUGCACCUCACGUGCGACGGCUCCGUGGGCACGCCCGAGCUACCCGCGCUCCCGCCGGGGCACGGCGGCCUGCAGCGCCUCCGCGUCUCGGACCUGCCGCGCCCCACGCUGCGCUCCCUGCUGCGCGCGCACGCCCAGUCGCUGCGAGUGCUGGAGCUGGCCGUCGGCACGGCGGCGGAGCAGGACGCGUGGCCGGAGAGCUGCGCCGACCUGCACGCGCUGCUGGCGGAGUGCGGGCUGCGCGCGCUGCAGAGGCUCGUGCUGCAGAGGGUGAGGUGCAGCCACAAGCCGGCCGCCUGCAGCCGCCAGCGCGCCGAGGUGCGGUGCGUGCUGCCCGCGGCCGAGGUGCUGUGCGGCCGGUGCGACCGCGUGGUGUGGGAGAGCUUGUAGCAGAGGCCGACAAUAAAGAGCUGCCCCCCGUUUAAACUCA